AACACACACCACAACCCACAAAAAGGAAGGCACAAUUCAAAAAGCUCUCUCUCCCUCUCCCUUUGCAAAAAAUUCCUCUUUCUCCAGAUUCCACCGCUUAGUAAGUUGUUCAUCUCUUGAAUUUUUUAAGACACAAGAAAAAAAAAAAAAGGGGGAACAAUAUAAGCUUGAUUCUGCUUACUUCUGUACGAAUCUCCUCCGCUGUUGAUUUUACAAAAAAAAUUACUUCUUGGGUUGUGCUUCGUCAUUAAAUUUCGUGCUUCGCUGAGGUUGAGUUAUUUUGAACACGGAAGGAAGAAGGAUGUUAUCACUCACUCCGGAUCAGUGUAAAAAAGUCGGAAUGGGGUUAUCGGCAUCUCCAUCUCCGUUCCUCACUCCUCGCCCUGAACGCCGUCGCCUCGAUGUCAGACCCGAGUGGAACUCAACCCGUCAGGACAGAGACAAAGAGGUUAAUGUCCAGGUCCUGCUUAGAUGCAGACCUUUGAGUGAAGAGGAGCAGCGAAGUAAUGUUCCGAGGGUGAUAUCAUGUAAUGAGCACAAAAGAGAAGUCACUGUGUUGCAGCAUGUAGCUAACAAGCAAGUAGAUAGAAUUUUCACUUUCGACAAGGUCUUUGGACCCAAAGCUCAACAGAGGACAAUAUAUGAUCAAGCUAUUGUCCCAAUUGUCAAUGAAGUCCUCGACGGCUUCAACUGCACAGUCUUUGCAUAUGGGCAGACAGGCACUGGUAAAACGUAUACAAUGGAGGGUGGUAUGAGAAACAAGGGUGGUGAUCUACCUGCUGAAGCUGGUGUUAUUCCGAGAGCAGUUCGACAAAUUUUCGAUACACUUGAGGCUCAAAAUGCUGAUUACAGUAUGAAAGUGACUUUUUUGGAGCUGUACAAUGAAGAAAUAACUGAUCUGCUGGCUCCUGAUGACAAUUCAAGAUGUUUGGAAGAUAAGCAAAGGAAACCCAUUUCCUUGAUGGAGGAUGGAAAGGGUUGUGUUGUUGUGAGAGGUCUUGAAGAGGAAGCUGUGUACAGUGCUAAUGAAAUUUACAAUCUCUUGGAACGUGGAGCAGCCAAGAGGCGCACAGCAGAUACAUUGUUAAACAAGAGGAGCAGUCGGUCCCAUUCUGUAUUUUCCAUCACUGUCUACAUAAAAGAAGCGGCUGUUGGAGAUGAAGAUCUGAUUAAAUGUGGCAAGCUUAAUCUCGUUGAUUUGGCAGGAUCUGAAAAUAUUUCACGCUCCGGUGCUCGAGAUAGUCGUGCAAGGGAAGCAGGAGAGAUAAACAAGAGCUUACUCACCCUUGGUCGUGUUAUAAAUGCUCUUGUGGAACAUUCUGCACAUAUACCUUAUAGGGAUAGUAAGCUGACGAGGCUCCUGAGAGACUCCUUGGGAGGAAAAACAAAGACUUGCAUUAUUGCCACAAUAUCUCCUUCUGCACAUUCCCUGGAAGAAACAUUGAGCACACUAGAUUAUGCAUAUCGUGCUAAAAACAUCAAAAAUAGACCAGAGGCAAACCAGAAAAUGUCCAAGGCAGUGUUGCUUAAGGAUUUGUACUUGGAAAUUGAGAAAAUGAAAGAAGAUGUUCGAGCAGCAAGGGACAAAAAUGGUGUCUACAUUCCACAUGAAAGAUAUGCACAAGAGGAAACUGAAAAGAAGGCAAGGAUUGAGAGGAUAGAGCAACUAGAGAAUGAUCUCAACCUCAGUGAGAAGCAAGCUGAAAGCUUCCAUGAGCUGUAUCUUAUUGAGCAAGAGCAGAAAUUGGACAUAGAAAAAGAGCUCAAAGAUUGCCAGAUAAAUCUUGAAAGGAGCAACAAAGCAUUCCUAGAUCUUCAAGAGAAACACAGGGCAGCAAUAUUUACAAUUAAGGAAAAGGAGUUUAUUAUCUCAAAAUUGUUAUGCUCAGAGAAUGCUUUGAUUCAAUUAGCAAAGGAGCUGCGAGUUGAUCUGCAAAACGCAUCAGGGGACAUAAGUUCACUUUUUACAAAAUUAGAUGAUAAGAAUAAGAUGGAAGCAGAAAACCGGAACCUGGUUUUGACAUUUGGCUCUCAGCUAGAUCAACGUUUAAAAUCCUUGCACAAGACCAUCUUGGGGUCAAUUUCUCAACAACAGCAACAGCUUAGAUGCAUGGAAGAGCUUUCUCAUUCUUUUAUUGCUAGUAGAUGUGAUGCAACGAAGGCCUUGGAUUCUAGGGUUAAAAAGAUGACAGAAACAUAUACUUCAGGAGUAUCAGCAUUGAAGGAACUUGCCAACCUAAUACAAAGGCAAGCUUCCUUAAACCUUGAGCAGAUAAAUUCUGCAAUCAUAUCACAAAUCACAGCUGCUGAGCAGUUUCUUGUUGAUGCGGUGUCAGAGGCCAAGGAGCUUAUUGGGGAUAUCCAGAAUUCUCUUAAUGACCAAAAAGAAAUGUUGGUUUUCUCUGCUCAUAAACAAAAAGAGGGAUUACAACGAAGCAUGUUUUCAGCGCAAGAAAUAUCUAAUGCUACAGCAGAUUUUCUUACUGACAUAUAUAAUCAGGCUUCUGAAUUCAUGACAACUCUUGAAGAAUGGCAAAUAAAGAAAUCACAUCAAUUAGCUAAUUUUGAGAAGACUUUCAAGGAAGAGGCUGCAAGAGAGGAAAAACUAGCUUUGGAGAAGAUUACAUCGAUCUUAGCAAAUUUGACAUCUAAGAAAACUGUUUUGGUCUCAGAGGCAUCAAGGAACAUCAACGACUCAGGUAUGCAAGAGAACAGGGUAUUGCAGCAGCAAAUGUCCAUGAUGCAGCAGGUUUCAACUGAUGCUAAGGAGGAGUUGAGCAAAUACAUAGCAAAGAUGGAAAGACAUUUCAUCGAGGACACAUUCUCAGCUGCUGAAUCUAGGAGUGUAAUGGAAGAUCAUCUACAGGAUUGCUCAAAGAAGGUGAAUCAUUCAAUGCUGCUGUGGGAAAAUACAAAAUCCUACAUAAAGGAAAUGAACAUUACUGGUGCUUCACAUAUAGAAUCUACUGUAAAGGAAAAUAUUGGCAAAUACCAUACCAUACAUCAGGAAUUCAUAUCUGCAUUCUCCUCUAUGGAUGCAAAUUUUGUUGCUAGAAGUGAAGAGAUAAUGGCAGUAGCAAAGGAUUCAUUAGAUCGAGACCAUGACAGUAAGGAAGAAAUGGACUGCCUUACUUCCACAUGCUUGGAUCAGCUUAAAACAAUACAGGAGCAGCAUGGUCAAAGCAUCUCAAGUAUCAGAAGUGAAGCAGAGAAAUGCCUAGUAAAAGAUUACGUGGUUGAUCAGCAUACCGAUACAACUCCAAAGAAACGGGUCAUUCUGGUGCCUAGCUUGGAAUCAAUUGAAGAGUUGAGGACACCUUCCUAUGAAAACCACAAGGCAGAUAAUUACUCAGAGAGCAGAGCAAGAUGGGACCAAAAUGGAAGCAAAAUCCAGCCAUUAAUGGACUUCUCACCUAAUAGAACUCCUUUUGCGGAUGUCAAUUAAUUACAUAUUACAAUUAGGAGGUAUCCCAAAUGAAUGCAAGAGCAUGCUCAUCAGCUGAUGAGCAUGUUGAGAGUUUUAAGUCUGUGAAGCGAAGAAAGAAGAAAAGAAAAAGGAGGGAGGAAAGCUUGGCAUUUCAUGUAUCAUGGUAUUAAGAACUUGGUGUUAUCAUACUAAAUUUUAACUGCAUUU